UUGCAGCAUCAAUCCAAAACAAAAAACCAACCGCUUUCCCGUUUUCCCGCAAGCAAACAAAGAGUUACCAGUUGAGCAUUCACCUGUGAAAUCGAAUCGGAGAAUGAAAUUAGCUUCAGAUUUCCGAAACCGAAUUUAGAAACUGGAAUCGGGUAACUCAUGAAGUACCAUCACCAGAAUCUGUCACAGAGAAUGGCUUUUGCUGCGCUUUUCGUCCUUCUUCUACCCAUUUUAUCUCCUCAUCUCUUCAGCCCUUUGAGCAGAUCCUAUCCUUCUCUCUUCUCCGAGUGGAAUGCACCAAAACCCAGGCAUUUGCCUCUACUGAAAGCUGCUUUAGAUCGCCAUAUUCCUGUUAGACAAAAGAAUGAGCUUUGGUCUCCUUUGCCUUACCAAGGAUGGAAGCCUUGCAUUGAACCCACCACGAUUCACACGUUGCCAACAAAGUCCCAAGGAUAUAUCCAAGUGUUUCUUGAUGGAGGGUUGAACCAACAAAGAAUGGGAAUAUGUGAUGCGGUCGCCGUUGCCAAAAUACUGAAUGCAACACUUGUGAUCCCACACCUUGAAGUGAAUGCUGUUUGGCAAGAUACAAGUUCAUUUGCGGAUAUAUUUGAUGUGGAACACUUUAUUGAUACCCUAAGUCAUGAUGUUGCAAUAGUUAAAGAGCCACCCAUUGAGUACUGGUGGAGCACAAGAGAGUAUUAUGCUACAGGCAUACGAGCUAUGAGAAUCAAAACAGCACCUGUCCAUGGUUCAGCUGACUGGUAUCUGGAAAAUGUAUUGCCUGUGUUGCAGAGUUAUGGAAUUGCUGCCAUUGCCCCAUUUUCUCACCGCCUGGCUUUUGACAAAUUGCCCCCAAAUAUCCAACGCCUACGUUGCAAAGUCAAUUUUCAUGCACUAACUUUUGUUCCUCAUAUCAGAGUGUUAGGAGAUGCACUCGUAAAUCGUCUCCGCCACCCGUUUGAGAAGUUUCAUACCUCUGGAACUGGGUUCCUAAAGGAGAGGAUGAAUGAUACCGAAUCAGAGGGGUCUGGAAAGUUUGUCGUGUUACAUCUUCGCUUUGAUAAAGACAUGGCUGCUCAUUCAUCAUGUGAUUUUGGUGGGGGUAAAGCUGAAAGACUUGCUCUAGCAAAAUACCGUCAAUUGCUUUGGCAGGGAAGAGUCUUAAACUCUCAGUUCACUGAUGAGGCAUUGAGAAAACAAGGGCGUUGUCCAUUGACUCCUGAAGAGAUUGGAUUGCUGCUAGCAGCUUUGGGCUUCAGCAAUAGCACCCGUCUCUACCUUGCAUCGCACAAGGUUUAUGGUGGAGAAGCAAGGAUCUCUGCUUUAAAGAAAUUAUUCCCCCUUGUGGAUCAUAAAAAGAGCCUUGCCUCUGCAGAGGAACUGGCAAAGGUUGAUGGCAAGGCUUCCUUGUUGGCUGCAGUUGACUAUUAUGUGAGUUUGCAGAGUGACAUCUUUAUCUCUGCUUCUCCGGGAAAUAUGCAUAAUGCUUUGGUUGGACAUAGAGCGUACCUAAACCUGAAGACCAUAAGACCAAACAUGGUGAUGCUGGGCCCGCUUUUCCUGAACAAGAGCAUAGAAUGGCCAGAAUUUCAGUAUGCAGUUCUCAGUGGGCAUAAAAGUAGACAAGGGCAGAUCAGGCUGAGAAAGGAGAGGCAGUCGAUAUAUACAUAUCCUAUCCCUGACUGCUCGUGUCAGUCGUAACUGGGAUGGGUACUAAAUUUUGAGAUUGCAUUUUUGUAAGCAUUGAUGUCCUAGUAAACUCUGUUUGUGGCUUGUACAUUCUGAUGUUUAGAUGUAAUUUAAUUUCAGCUUCCGAUAAUGUUGCAUUUAAUAGUCACAUUGUGAAAGAGUGGGUGGUGAAUUCAAUUUAGCCACUUGGAAAAGCA